UUUUUGUUAUGUUUGAUAGCUUUUUAUGAUUUUACCGUGUCCAUAUUUCUUAUAAAAUGUAUAAUGUGUAUAGUCUAUAUGCUCAAAGGUGGAUAGCGGUUUACCUGGUGAACCUCGGAGAAGCACGUGCACUCUCACGAGAACGAGCACGCGCGUGAGAAGAGGUAAGGUGAGAGAGCGCGCGGAUCUCGCUGGAUGUUUAAAGGCGCGUAAACGUGCUGGGCUCAGACUGAGGCGCUCAGAGAGGAAGCUGGAGGAGUUUAAAUGAUGUCGAAGUCUCCAGACUGAUGGAGCGCACAUGUGAGGCUGAAUGAAAUGGAGAUCAUGAACAGGAGAGCAGAUAGGUGACCGAGAGCAGGAGAAUGAGACGGGUCAGCUGAGCCGCUGUUUUCCAGUUUAGAUGGAAGGUGUUUACCAGACUGACUGGGGAGAUGUUUGCCGUCACAGAAUGUGUUUUCCUGAGCCUUAGAGAUCGAGAUUGCCGUUGAUCCUCCGUGGGUGUCCAGUGGGAUAAACAAAAGACAAAAGUAAUGUCUUCUGAAAUAUCCUGUCCUACCUUUGGAGGCUCGGGCGCGUAAAAAACUGAACCGCAGCCGAGCGCGCAGCCAUGCGCACCCUUUCCGGCUGUGCCUAGUCUGACCUUCGUGCGUUAUGCUGAAUGGACCCACUUUCCGCCGCUACGACCCGAUGCGACUGGUCGAUCCAAGGCACCUCCCGCAACUGAUGUCCCUGGAGGACCAUGAGCCCACCAUGGCGGGAGGGACCCUGGAGCCGCGCAAUUCCACGGCAGCGGCGGGCGAGGAGGGUGCCCCGGGUCAGCAGCAGCACUCCUUCCCGUGGGUGGCCACCGUGCUGGCCGGCGUCCUCAUCACGACCAUCGUGGUGGAUGUUAUCGGGAACCUGCUGGUGAUCGUGUCGGUGUUCAGGAACAGAAAACUCAGGAAAGCAGGAAAUGCCUUUGUGGUUAGCCUGGCCUUUGCUGACUUGGUGGUGGCCAUCUAUCCGUACCCACUGGUCCUGACAGCCAUCUUCCAUAAUGGCUGGAUUGCAGGUUACAUCCACUGUCAGAUCAGCGGCUUCCUCAUGGGCCUCAGUGUCAUCGGCUCUAUCUUCAACAUAACUGGCAUCGCAAUCAAUCGAUACUGCUACAUCUGCCACAACCUCAAGUAUGACAAAGUUUUCUCCAGCAGCAACACUAUGUGCUAUGUUAUGCUUGUCUGGACGUUCACAAUCCUAGCCAUCGUGCCCAAUUGGUUUGUGGAGUCGCUGCAGUAUGACCCGCGGGUGUACUCCUGCACCUUCGCGCAGUCGGUUAGCUCGCUGUACACCAUCACAGUGGUUGUGGUGCACUUCAUUCUGCCCAUGAGCAUUGUCACCUACUGCUACCUGCGCAUCUGGAUUCUGGUAAUCCAGGUCAGACGGAGGGUAAAGCCAGACUCGCGGCCCAAAAUUAAACCCCACGACCUUCGCAACUUUCUCACUAUGUUCGUGGUGUUCGUGCUAUUCGCCGUGUGCUGGGCGCCGCUGAACCUGAUUGGCCUGGUGGUGGCGCUGGAUUCCAGGCUGAGCCGAGCCAUCCCAGAGUGGCUGUUCACAGCCAGCUACUUCAUGGCAUACUUCAACAGCUGCCUCAAUGCCGUCAUCUACGGCGUUCUGAACCACAACUUCAGAAAGGAGUACAAGAGGAUCGUCCUGAUUAUCUUCAAGUUUCACUGCUGAGAUAAAAUGCCCAGAGCUAGAAGUGUUUUUUUAACACCCAAGAAACGAUUAUUAAAAAGCCAUGAGCAAAAGAAAUAAAAUACUACAAGAAAAGAGGACUAAUACAAACAACACUGUGAAAGGAAGAAGCAGGAACAUGUAUUAUAAGAGAAAAACAGCUCUAGGUGAAGAGGAGGACAAAGAAGAGGUAAAAUAAAUGACGCCAUACUGAAAGUUAUCAGUGCUGCCUUCAGGGAAACAGAGAUUUUAAAAUGUAGCGAGUCAAACUGAGACCAGAGAUUGAAAGUAACUCUUAGUAAUUUGUCUCCUCAUGACUGUCUUUGGCAAGGGGGUUAUUACUCAUUGUUGAAUUUUAAAAGUUAUUGGCUGCUCAAAUUUUAACCAGCAUCACAAUUCAUUUAAAUGUUGGAACAUCCAAAUGUUAUGUCCAUCUUCCUCCAUGUGAUUAAUUUUAACACAGAACAUGCUGCUGAAUUUCUCAGAAACUGUGAGCUUAUGUGAAUAAUUUUUUGAAUGGUAAAAGGUGGUAAAACAAAAAAAAAAUCUGCAAAAUUGGUGCUUCUUGGAGGAAAAAAGAAAAAGCAUAAAAUAUUCAAGAUUAAAUUUUCUCGUUAUAAUUGUGCUGAUUUCCAAAUAAAAUUAUUUUGGGUGAAGAAAGAGAGCAAGAAAAGAACAAGACUUUAAAGGACUUUGACUUGAAAUGAUUUACUAACUUUCUUUUGCAGAAAAACUUAUUCAAAAAAAGGAAUUUUUUAAACAGUUUUAUAUUUUAUAAAGCAGAACAACAGAGCUGUGUCUCAUUAAUUUAGCUCAAGAUUUGAAUUAUUUCAGAUAUCGAUUUCCAAUACUUUACGGUGAAGUAAACACACAGGUGCCUGUUUUAAUACUGGCUUUUAAACACAGAAAUAUAGUCUUCAUGUGAUCAUGAUAAAGAGAAUCGACUUCAAUGUAAAAAAACAAGCUGCCUGUUGUUUAGGUGCAGGUUGGGAGUUCUGGGCUUCAUUCAAGGCCUUUUCUCAGUGGAAAAUGUCCAAAAGAACCUCAAAUUGAGGUGAUUUAGGUGACAUACAGUUAUUCUGUAUGAAAUACCCAAACCAUCCCAACUGGCUUCUUUAAGUGCAGAGCAGCAAUUCUUAAACAACAUGUGAAAUGACCAGAUCUUAAUCAACUAAUUAUUGGGCAGAGAGGUUGUUUGUAAGGGAUGCGUUGCCACUGCAAAACAUAAAAAGCUAAUGAACAAAUGACUUUUACAUUCAAGGGACUAUGCAUCAAAAAGCUAAGCAAUUUAGCAGAGUUAUCUUAAAUAACUCAGCUCACUUCAGUAGCUGAACUAUAUGCAAAUGUCCAAUUUUCUAACCCAGGAUUACUGGAUAAAGUAUGGACUGCAUUGGUUGUAACACUUGUCCCUUUUCUAAGAGGUAGUUUAGGUGCUAUUCCACAGACAUUUGUACAAUUUUGUCUGUAAUUUUAGUAUUUUUAUUUGGGGACAUAACAAGAAAAUAAGCUGACCAAUUAAUUUGCCUUUUGAUUGACUUUAAAUAUUGCAAAUAUAAUCUUACUAGUUUUCUUAAAUAUAAGCCAAAUAUUAGAAUAGUGUCUUACUUGCAGUGUUGGCUUUAUAAUUUAGCUGAAUAAAUUUGAGGUUCUGAUUCAUUCACCUUGCAAAUAUGCAAUGCUAAGGAGCGGGUUACAGCUUUAUCUGGAUAUUUUUUCAUCUGCGUAUUACUUUAUCCCAACUCUGUGAUAGUUAGCAGUGACACAAAAUAUGUUUAAUAAGUUAAUGAACAUGCAACUGCUGACUGUAUCACUGUAAGAUCUUUUAAUAGUCUAAUUGUUGCUGCUAACCUUUUGGAUGGUUUAAUUCAGUCCUUGGAUUAGUCCCACCAGAGUUUGAAAGUAGAGAAAACCAUCAAACUUGACAUCCUGUAAGCCUGGCCUGGAACUUCAGCUUUGCUCUUGUGCCAAAACUCUUAUUUCAUGAACAUUUUUGAUGAAGGGAUGUCCCUCUUUCUGCUUUUUGCCUUCCAUCUCUGUUAUUGGACGAUUCUGAGAUUGUUUUUCUGAGGUACCUGGCUCUCUCAGCUUACAACACAUCACCCUCAUAACACAGCUAGAACCAAUGCACUCAAAGCAACACAUCAGUCAGGGUUCAGUAACCCUGUAAACACUCCUUUGUGUGUGUUCCCCAAUGCCUCCAUCCAAAAGGGUGUUAUGCCAUAUAGCAUAGAAAUAUGAAAUUAUUGGUAAAGGUUCCUCUUACUCCUGUUGGUAAAAACCAGUUUGCAGUAAAUUUUUAGAAAACGGAAUAAAUUCUCAGAGCGGUUAAUGACAAAGAGGACGUCAGAAGUCCCUAUAGCUGGUUUAAGCAGAUAAAACUGCACAUUUUAAUAUGCAUACUAGAACAGAUAUUAACCAUCUAUGUUUUUAUAAAGUUUGUUUACAAGAGCAAACUUUACAACAUAACACCUGCCAUGCUGUUUUUUCAGCAUAACAGGUACCCAGCUGUGUCAAUCCAGUUGAUGAGCUGACUGGGAGCCUGUCAGUGAAAUUUUCAAAGAGAUAUGAGGUAAUGAAAAGCAUAGCAAUUUACCUACCUGUGUGAUUAAACCUAUAACAGCCUGUUGCAAAAUUAAAAAGCUUACAUCUGUUUUGAUGGUCUUAGAGCAGACUGGCAGCUUGCUGCUGAUGAAGAUGAUUAAUGCAGCAGGUACUUUCAACCACUAUGAUUUUAGCAUUACAACAUGGACAUUGUUUGACUUAAAUGGCCUCUUUGCCUCCCAAAAACAUAAUGCCUGUGUUGGAACAAAACACUGCAGUUUAUACACUUUUUCAGCACAACAUUGAUGAAUGAAUAUCUAAAAUUAUUCAUAGUAAAGCCACGUAUACUGAACUUAUUGAGCUCUUGGUAAUAAUUAAAUGUUAAGUAUUAUCCUGAUGAAAGAUUUCUUGCACAGUUUCUGCAUGGCAUGCCCUUUUGUGAAGAUUUGCUUGAAAACUAAUAUGGCAAUGCAAACAAGGAAAGAGAAACCAGAGAUUUGCCUCUAAAAUCAACUCCUGUUGCCAUUACUUUGGCCUUGCAAUAUUGUUAUGACUUAUAUUCUACUGCUAUUGUUUCAUUGUGGCUCAGUGACUUUACUUAAGUCUGACAGUUGGAUUAAUGGCAGUCACAGUAUCUUAACUUCUUUUUUAUUAAUUUCGUAAAUAGAAAAGAUUGCCUCAUUCACUUCAAGUAUGCCGGACUUUGACUAGAUUUUUGAUUAGAACUUACAAUGAUAAACUGAAGGGAUUGCAUAUUUGGCUCCUUCUACUUAGAACAAGACCAACUACAGUGGAAAGAAGUGUCAAUGUCCACCACUUACAUAAUCUGAUAUGUAAAUAACAGACCAGAAAAGUUUCUGUUUCUGCCAAUCUGAAGCAAUAGAGAAAAAUUUCAACAAUUCCACACUCAUUUAAAUAAACAAUUUAUGUUUUGCAUAAACACUUGUGUAAUCAGGUUCGACAUCAGAUCCUCCCAGCAGCAAGAAUACUUACUUAAAUAUGGUUCUGAAACAUCCAUCCAUUUUCUAACACCCUUGACCCAGGGGGUUCUGAAACAUGCUAAAUAAAAAACCAAAAACAGAUAAAAAUGAGGAAUAAAGCCGUGAUUGUUCUGAAUGGUAUUCUGACCACAUCACUGUGUAUCUAACACCCAUAGAAAGUGUAAGUUCUGCAUGUAUGACUAUAAGGGGUUUUGCUGCUGAUAAUCUGACUGCUUAGUUCCCAUUUUAAUGAGUUCCCUUUCUGUGCAUUGGCGUGUGUGUGUGUUCAUCCGGCUGCUCUGGGACCAGUUCCUCCCCAACUUAAAGGUCCACUAAGGACACCUAAAUUGGCAACAGGGUAAUCAGUUGGAAGGGGACUUUGUUUUGUCUGUGCCAAAUUGUUGCUGGCUCCCAUCCUAGUUUAAGUUUUUAUGUGAAACCUCAAAGUGAAAGCCCUUACUCUACAAUUUAAAAGUUCAAUCCACAUGAAUAAACAUAGCACACAUCUUAAAUACCAAUUGCACAAGUGGUGACUGAUUUACUGUGUUUUCAAUUAGAUCAGGGGUCUCAUACUCCAGUCCUCGAGGGCCGCUGUCCUACAGUUUUUAGAUGUGCCACAGGUACAAAACACUGGAAUGAAAUGGCUUAAUUACCUCCUCCUU